UUAAAAAUUUUGAUAACCAGCCGCCAGCAACUAUUCUCCACCACCAGCACAUAAUCCGCGCCAAAAUCAUCCAAUCGGCAACCCACGACCUCCAAUCAACCCAAACAGGUGGCAAUCGGCAAAGGCGCAUGGAAGCAGCGGUUGGAAGGGGCAGUUGAGGUCGCGCAGAGAGGGCGCAAACAAGGGAGUAGCGCGGCGAGGGGCUUGACGGCGAUCGAUGGAAGCUUGGCAGCGGCUAGGUUGUCACGCGAGUAGCAGCCGAGCGCGAUCGGCCGUGCUCACCAAAUCGCGAUUGCGCCUUGACGCAGUGAGAAAGAAGCGGUGCCAGAAGAAGCCUCACGAAGGCGACGAGCAGGAAGCACGGAGCCGCGCUACAGGAGACCUCCAGGCGCGCGGAGAGCAUGGGGCGCAGCCCACCAGAGGGUGGGCUAGUAGUCAGUUAAAAUUAACGGAAAAAUUAGAUGAGUGGGUAGAAAAAUGUCGUUUUGAAACGUUUCGGUGGAAAAUUGUCAUUAGGGCAAACUUUGGAUGGGAACCAGUCGUUUCCCCUCACAUAUUAUAACUGAUAAGGUAAGUAGUAUCGUCUGUUCAAGAUGAUAACCCAGAACAGAAACAGAUCGACUCACUCUCUGAAAUCCAAACACGCUUUUUCAAAGAAUCGAGUAAAAUUCAAAGCCCACCUUGGAAUUUGAUCCCCAUUUCAUGUACCUAAUCUUCCUCAUAAUGUUAAGCAUAUCCACGAUGAGCCUUAUCCAUACUAUAAUAAUGAAUAUAUACCUCAUCAAUGAGCCCAUUCCAAAGUUUGACUGGCAGUUAUGACCUAAUAGAAUCCGCCCCCACCUCCUGAUUUUCCCAACCACCUUUCGACAAAGCUGUGAACUCUACUUCUUCUGUUACAUAUAUAAUUAAAUCACAUAGCUAGGUUUUUCUAUUAUUUGUCUGUGUUAUUUCUUAGCUCUAUCUGAAAAACCCUCUAAAGAAAAGAUGGCUGAGGUGCUUUUAGCAGGAGAAGGAAGUGAUAAGAAGGUGAUGCUGGCGAUUGAUGAGAGUGAGUACAGUCACUAUGCACUCAUGUGGGUUCUUGACAAUCUCAAGGAUUCGAUCAACAAGGGUCAGUUUAUUAUCUUCAUGGCGCAGCAGCCACCCAAUUAUAACUACACCUUCGCGGCAUCUCUUGGUUCUGCUCGCAUGUACUGCCCUACUGUAGCCAAUUCGGAUUUUGUGAACUCUGCUCAAGAGAAUCAUAGGAAGCUUGCAUUGGCUUUCUUGGAGAAAGCUAGGGACAUUUGUGCUAGUAAAGGGGUAAAAGCAGAGUUGGUCACAGAGGUAGGGGAUCCUAGAGCUGCUAUAUGCAGUGCAGUUGAAAAACUCAAUAUCAAUAUGCUCAUUUUGGGCCAGCGUGGCCUCGGCAAAAUCAAAAGGGCUUUAAUAGGGAGUGUGAGCAAUUACUGCAUUCAAUAUGCAAAGUGUCCAGUUCUUGUAGUGAAGAAACCACAGGCUGCAACAGCAGAUCAGAAGUGACCUACAUUUCUAUUUUGAAAAAAUGUUGAUUGAUACAUUAUCUGCAUAAUAUAAUGUAGCGUAUGACAUGUGGUUCAUCUUCAAGCUUUGAUUCGACUUUCUAUGUUCUGUAAAAUGCGGUGAAUGUUAAAGAAUGAAAGGUGAUUUCUUGUGAAAGUUUAGUUUUA